CUGCUAAUCGAAUACCUUCGCUCUCAAGGGAAUACCUGUAUUCCAGGGUCGGAAACUGAUGUUGAAUACUUCGCAGCUCUAAUCACAACUCUCGAGGGAUCCCCUAUCAGUGAACCUUCUAGAACUGCUGCUGUUGCAUUUCUUUUACAGUUGAUCGUAAAAAAAGUUCCGAAAGAAGUCCUCCAAUCGCAGUUCACAAAGAUCGUUCAGGUUCUGUACACUAAAAUGCUGGAAAAUUCGGAAAGUAGCGAAGGAUCGGCACUCAAAUAUUUGCUUUCGGUCCUAGGCGUUGUUUUGCGAGCUCAACCUACUGGGGUUUGGAAUGUCGCCAAUACCAAAAAUAUGGUGGUGUCGGUCGCAUCUCUCUGCGCUCAUGAGAAGCCUUGGGUGCGAACUAUGGCGCGUCGUGUUGUUCGAGCGGUGCUAACUGAUCCUAUUACUGCAAUGGAUAAUGGUCUUCAUCCUGCAUCCCCUAGCGUUGGAAUGUUUAUACAACAACAGCUACAAUCAGCACUCAGCUCCAAAAAUGGUGAAACGACAGCAAUGCGAUACCUGUGUCUACUCGAGGGAGUUAUGCAUAAAAUGCCUAGUCCUCUAUUCAAGCAGCUCGCUGAAAAUAUCUUGUCGUCUUUCGCCAUUGCGGAUCCCAUGGUCAAAUGCAGCGCAUUGCAAUGCCUGCACCGCUGCCUUCAGCGUCAGCCAUGCGACGCUGCGCUUCCAGUUGAGACAAAUGUGUUGUUGGUGAAAGCUCUCAAACAGUUAUCUCCACCUUAUGAAGAUAUCACAGUAUGUGCCUACUGGAUGCAGGCUCUUGCAGAGGCUCAUGUGUGUCUUACUGCGAAGGAUCCUCACAGGUAUUAG